AAAUUUUUUUAAGUAGAACAUCUAAACACUAAAUUUAGUGUUUAUUUGAAGUUUUGCUCUAAAGAAGAAUAAAAAAAGUAAAUAAUUAUAUGGAUCAAUAUCUUCCGGUUUGGUUCACAGAGUCAGAAUGAGUCUGUAUAAGUUGACAAAAAAAAAGAAAUAAUUAUAUGACCUCAAGCUAUAUGUUUUUAUGCAAUUUGGUUUGCAAUGUAGGAAAAGCACAGGAAAGAGUAUAACGUUUUAGUUAUAUUAUGCCAUUCUCCAUUGUCGUGUUUUGAUGGAAAAAGAUUUGAUUCUUUGCUUCUUUUGAAAAUAUGGGUAUUGCAAUUACAAUAAUUAUUGUUUGCUUACAAAGCAUGUAUAUAUAGACAUCUUCCGGUUCCACUUUUGUAUAUAUUAUCAAACAAAACCUCUUUCGUCCACAUACAACAUGGAUACAACAAGAACGAUAUACAAGCUACCCAUUCACGAGCAUCCUCUUUUCCUUUCAGCUCAAUUUGUUAAUUCUGUUCCGUGUGAUGGGUGCCAUGUAAAAGGAAACAAGUAUGGCUGCUACAAAUGCAGUGAGGCUUCCUGUAAUUGCUGGUUCCAUAAAGAGUGCGCUGAAGCCCCACCAGAGAUCAAUCAUCACCCUUCCCACCCGGAGCAUCCUCUCUUUCUCACUGAUCACUCUCCUACCAGAGAUGAUACUCCAUGUGAAGCUUGUGGACAAAAGAUUUUGUCCCCAUGUUACACUUGUCUCACUUGUGAAUUCAAAGUGGACUUAAUUUGUGGGAUAAAACCCCUGGCGUCUGCUAUUGAAUACCCGGUCAGUCAUGACCAUCCACUAGCUCUCUUCAAGAAACGAGAGGAGGACAAGGGCCCAUGUGAAGUAUGCAAGGAAUCUAUUGGUGGACCUUUCUAUUCAUGUCUUGAAUGCAAUAACAUAUUCUUUCAUGUUGAUUGUGUUCAUCUCUCAAAAGAGGUAAAUCUUCCUUGUCACUCUACUCAUCCUCUUAAGAUCAUCACACCUGAGUCACUUAUAGAUGAUGAUGCCGAAAGAAAAUGUCAUUUCUGUGUCAUUCAACCAGAAAAUAUGCUCUAUCAUUGUUCUCUUUGCAAUUUUACUCUUUGCCUUGGUUGUACUAAACUUCCACCACCUCUUGUUGUUGAUCAUACCAAUACUCACACACAUCCACUGAGGCUCUUUUCAAGCAAAAUUGCGUUUGCUUGCAAUGUUUGUGGAGUUCUAGGAUACGACAAUAUGCUUUAUUUAUGUCUCAAGUGUGAUUUUCUUGUCCAUAUACAUUGUGUCGGCUUACCUCAAGUCAUAAACAUCAAUCGUCAUGAUCAUCGGAUCUCUUUCACGCAUCAUCUUGGCCAUGGACGUGCACAUUGUGGAGUAUGUAGGCAAAGCGUAAAGCAAUACUACGGAGCAUAUGUUUGCUCGAUUUGCCCUAACUAUGCAGUCCACUCACAAUGUGCAGUUGAUUUAACUGUAUGGGACGGUUUGGAAUUGGAAGGGACACCUGACAUCAGCGAAGAUAUUGCACCAUUUAAGGUGCUGGGAGAUAAUUUGAUAUGUCACUUCAGCCAUAGAGGACAUAAUUUACUCCUUGUAAAGGACUACGUCACGGUUCGUGAUUAUUACGAGUGGUUUCGAUGUGAUGCAUGCAUCUGCCCAAUCGAGUUUGGCCCAUUCUAUAUAUGUCCCAUAUGUCCUUUUUUUCUUCAUGCAAAGUGUGCUAAUCUUCCUACGAAGAAAAAACUUGUCUUUGACCCCACACCAUACAAGUUGGAAUAUUUAGGCGUGUAUUUAUACUGUAACUUGUGUAAGAUGAUAUCUUGUGGCUUUGUGUACAUAUCACAAGGAUUUAUCAAGAAUUAUCACUAUGUAGAUAUACAUUGUGGUUCCAUUUCUGAGCCGUUCGUCCACAAUGGGCAUUUUCAUCCCCUAUUUUUUGUUACGACAAAGAAGGAUCGUCAUUGCAAUGCAUGUAAAAGAGUUCCAGAUGGCUACAUGCUCACUUGUGGGGCUUGCGGCUUUUACUUGUGUUUGUAUUGUGCUACUUUGCCAGAGAAGAUAUGGCAUAUGAGCGAUGAGCACCCUCUCAUUUUAUAUUAUGGUGAAAAGGCCAAUGGCAAAAACUGGUGCGAAGUUUGUGAGAUGGAGUUAGAUCCAAGUAUAUGGUUCUUUACAUGCUAUGAAGACUGUGAAGUCGCUUUGCAUGUUCAAUGUGCACUCGGAGAUUUCUCACGUCUCAAGCCAAAUUGGCGCUUUAUCAAUAAAGAGCGAAUAUAUAAGGUGGUGUUUAACAAUCACAGCAGUCGGCCACUUUGUAGCAAUUGCCACGAUCGAUGCAAGGUCCCCCACAUCUUAAAAGAGGAUGAUGAACAGAAGAAUGGAUACACCUGUUCCAUGUCAUGUCUUAAAGGACUGGAAUAGAGAGUGACUUUGUUUUCUAGCAAAGAGGCUGGUGGUUUUAUAUUUACUUUGUAAAUUUCUUUACUUUCGCAACAUAACUGUGUCUUGUCUCGAGACGUCUCGAGUGAAAAACUUGUUGACAGUAUGACUAAGGAAUCUAUUUUUCUUUGCUAAUGAAUAAAAAAAUACGAUCCUCUUUGUAAAUUCUUCAACAUUUUACGAAUGAAUUAUUCCUUUCAAAUAUGUACGCAAAAUAAUAAAACAGAAAACAAUUCAAAGUCUCUGAUGAGAAGUUGCAGCAGAGCAGCCAAAAGGAGGUUUUAUUAUUGAGUUACUCGAACAUCCUUGGGAGAUAAAUCAACAAAACAAAACAAACCAAAAGACCUAAUCUAUCUGUCUCUAGUCAAAUCAAUG